CGAAUUACAGAUUUAAAAAUAGCGCCCGAUUUUUACCCCCCGAAUCUGAGAAAGGCAUUUAACCCGAAAAAGUCACUCCCUACUUAUAUGCAACACGAAGUGAGGGAGAGAGCGAGGGACACCAAGAACAAACCUCUCCCCCCCGGUGCCGCUCUCCUACCCUGACGCCAGCUGUCUUAAGAACACUUUGUCACAGAUAACCAGGGGCAGACAACGAAGAAGGGAUACGUGAGGUCGUUAUCCGUACUCUAUCUUCCUCUGUUUCUUCUUAUAUAUUUAGCCCGCAACAAAGCUCUGUGUUCGGCCUUGUAUUUCCUGGCAAUGUGCUCGGCGCAAGCACAAAAAUAGCGUGGUGCAGGCCACCCGUUCCACCUGCCCAUAAACACCGCUCCAGCCACACUCCACAGAUGCGGGUCGCUCCAACGCGAUUGUUCCAAAUUGAACGUUGCGCAUUCUGUGAAAACCAAGCGCGUCGAACUAUAGUGCUGCCAACGGAUUGACGGCGUCCUUUAGCCUUGGAGAGUUAAAGGCACAUACUGGCCGCGUGGUCGCAAGAGGGGAACGUCCGUGUAGCCAGAAAGCAGACGAACUUCUGGAUGCUCUCGUGGUGCACUUGUUUAGCGGACGACGUGAAAACUUGCAGAGGCGUCGGGUUCGACCGGGAUCUCUGAAAAAGAAUAGAGAAUAUCCUGGACAAGGUCCGUGCAUUUGAGGCUAAGCAGUCCCGAACCCGUCAUGCCCCAGGGAUCGUUGCAAGGCACCGGGACCUACAACAAGUGUGCCGAACGGAUCCAACCGUCUGGAAAGGAAAUCCACGGCUGCCUUCGAGGUCUGAAACGCGGCUAGGGUAAUACUCAAGUACUUAUCUGAGAAGAACAGAACGCGUCCAUUCAGCAGUGGUGGCGUCGUCGCUCUGGAUUGCUUAGUUGGUGCUACGCCUCGCUAGAAGCCCAGAAGAGACAAACAUAAUGGCAAGUUCGUUCAAACCAGGACAAGACGUAGUCUGCGACGACUCACAGAUUCGACAAGAUAAUUGUGUGAGCCAGCCUAAGGUGAAGCAAUCAGUGUCUGGGAUCGGCAGCUUACCUGAAGACAGUCUAGGGAUAUCGGGAGCUUCUCCAGACAUCACUAAGGCGAAACCACCAAAGUCUCUGCUCACGCGCGUGCGCCGGAAGGUGUGGCUCCUUCCAGUGGUACAUACUCAUUUCUGGUUCUCUGCGUGCACUGCGCUUCUGGCACCCUAUUUUCCGCCUCUGGCUGCUUCGAAGGGUCUCAGCGCUUGGAAGUACGGCUUCGUGUUCUCAACUUUUAAGACUGCAAUGCUGUUGGGUUCUAUGGCCACAGAAAGGCUGAUGGUCUACAUAGCACCUUCUAGAGUGUACCUGAGUGGGCAAGUAGGAUUUUUCACCUUCGUGGUUGUGUUUGGUGUCUUCUACUGGGUACCAGGAGGCGACGUCUUCCUGGGACUUGCCAUUCCGGUAGCCUUCUUCGGAGGCUUCGUGUCGGGAAUGUAUGCAGUGAGCAUGUACUCUCUGGUCACGGAGAGAUUCACAGGCAACACUGGGCUCAUUAUUGCACUCAUGGAGGUGUCCUGGGGCGGAGGGAACCUGGCGGGCUCUAUUCUCGGCGGUGUCCUUAUCGAUGUGUGGCAAUACCCGUUGCCAUUCUUCGUCAUCGGAACUAUUUUGAUGCUGUCUGCCCCUGUAAUAGCAAUACGGGGUCCUAUCCCGGAAGAGCACAGACGCGCGGUACCAGAAAGCGCUUCCACGGAGGACGUAAAAUACCACAAGGCUCUCUGCGAUCCUGUCUUCUUAAUCGCCAUGGUCACCGUCAUGCUCAGCUGGGUGAUCAUGUCAUUCAACGAGCCCACGCUUGAACCUUAUCUCCAACAGUUCAACCUAUCCAGUACUGGAGUGGGUACAUUCUAUACCGUACAGUUCGCAGGCUACAGCGUCGGGGCUCUUCCUUCUGGGAUACUCUGCAGCAUAUAUAACGUCGACGAGUUCCUCAUGUUUCUUGCAAUGUGUCUCACAGCACUGGCGUACCUCAUUCAAGGACCUGCACCUUUCCUACCAGGACCUCCGACAUUGUGGAUGAUCUACUUGUCUCAAGUGUUCACGGGCAUGGGGAUGGCGGCGCAGUUCGUCUGUUCCUACAGCUACGCCCUGAAACGACUAAAGAAAAAGGGUUAUCCUGACACGAUAAGAACCAGCGGCUUUGUGUCCAGCUGCGUUUUCACAAGUCUCGUGUUCGGGGCUAUCACGACUCCUCCAAUAGCGGGCUAUCUUGUCGAAAAGCUGGGCUACAGAAUGGGCACUAUGCCCUUGUUCGGAAUUUUAGUCCUGUGGUCUUGUGUGACAUUCCUGCUAUGGAUGGAUUCGCUAUGCUGCAACUCCAGUCCUGGAGCAAGAAAGUCAUCUCUGGACGUCAUCGUGAAGUCAAUAAACCGAAGCGCGGACAGAGCUGGUACAGACGUCACACCUCUCAGUGACGCAUCGUAGACUAGAGGUGAAGCUGUGGGGACGUCACUGGACACUUGUGCUCUCAAUUUCUCCGGAGCUUCACCCCCGAGUGCCAUUCCACGUCCACGUUGUUCCUGUAUCAUUCAUAUUUGCCGUUUCGCGUCACCUCUUUGGUUGUGACGAAAGUGACGUACGAUGAGAACUACUUGGUGACCGUGGUGGUUCGCACUUCGUCGACCUCUGCGGAGCUGUAUGCCAUCUUUCUGUCUCUAAAGUCUGUCUCCAACUACCCUCCUCGCUCCUGGGUGAUAUACACUGACUCAAAAUCAGGCCUGCAAUGUGUAGGAAGCAUGGGCAUCCGCGAGUCGUUGGCCCCGGUGGUAGUUAGUAUUCUGACGGCGCUCAAGUUUCUCGGCGAACAGGGACACUAGGUGACCCUACAGUUGGUCCCAACCCACACCGGCAUUCAGGCAAUGAAGAGGCAGAUUUGGCGGCUGCUGCGACCCACCGUAUCUCCAGAGCCGUGCCCAUUAUCCUCUCCAACAGAGAUAGGCGCUUCUACUUGUCUGCGCGAUAGUGUCACCCUUGGCCCGCCAGCAAUGGCUCCAUGACACCACUCAAUGGUCGCUCCUACAUGCAGCGGACCCGUCAUUAUCAUAUAGGAUGCCAGGUUGCUUACCUCGCAGCUUUACGACACUCUUACAGCGUCUACGACUCAACGUCGCCAUCACCCCUGUGCGUAGCUUGCCACACCCCAGCUACGAUCAUCCAUAUCAUCGAGGAGUGUGACCGGUACACGUGUGAACGCCGGGUGCUUCGACGCCAACUUGAACUCCUUGACCAUAGACCACUCAGCUUGUCCAAAGUACUUGGCCCAUGGAGCUCCCCUGCGUAGCAGUGCCGGGCUCUUCUCUCCCUUUUUGCUUUCAUGCAAGUCACUGGACUCUUCGAGGAGCUCUAAACAGAACUCCGACCUGUCGUCGCUUCACUUUCACCAUAAUUCAACCUCUCAUAUUAACCACUGUGAAGUGGGGUAGGGUCUACCACGGGGAAACAUCCCAUGUCAUCAUCGCUUCUUCAUUUAUUGUUGUUGUUGUUGGUGGUGGUGACCGUGACCAUGACCAUGAAUGCGAAUAUCUGCAGGGGCUUCGGUUCUACACGACGAUCUCUAAAGUGUACGCUAGAUAGACAAAAGGUUAGCCGAUCGAUGUAGAUGAUCCUGGAAGACGAAGAGGCGCUGGCUUCGUUGGCUGAUGGCGCCUUUCUUCCGAGCAGUGUGCCUAUCGAUGUGGCAGCAUGUUGCCCGGUGGAUCGUGCGUCCUGGGUCGCCAUCACGGGCAACUGUGUCGACUUAAUUCGUCUGAGGAAAGACCGGUGAAAACACCGAGACAGCACACAGCCAGUGCCGCGGAUCAUCUUCUGGGCUCAGCGUGGAAGGAGAUAAUCUUGCUAUGGACGCUUGUGACGUGCUCGGGUAUAGGAGGCUAUGGCUCGGGUUACGGUCCAGAAAUGCAAACAUAAGCCCCGCCUCACGGCCUGGUCGUGUUGAGACAGGUGCUGCCGUCAUUUUUUAGGCAUUCUACGGUCUUCUUAAAGUGUUUAGUGCCUCGCUCGCUUCAUUACGUUCCGGAGUAGCGGUGGGAUACUGUAGUAUAGAAGUUCAUGUGGACUUAAGCAACGACAACUUUGUUGCCUGGCUCAUCACAGUGUGUUCGAAUGAGUAUAUGAAACAUGAACUAUGUAAAGCCCUUUGAAUAAUAAGCCAGACUUAACUAGAGUACAGC